GCGUGUCUCGGGAGACAGAUCUGAAUUCUGCUCCAGACUGAGGCUCAGGGUGCCUCCAGCGAUAAAGACAAGCCUCUACAACACAAGUACACUGAGCCACUGCUGCUGCUGUCAGGACACCUGCUCUGCCGCUCAGCAGAGAACACUCUAAAGGAGGAGACGUAAGAGAAGCAAUCAUCUUUUUUUGGAGAAGAAAAUGAAACUUGAAGUUUUCUCUGCACACCACUUUGCGCAGAAGCCGCUGGAGUUGUGCAUAGAUGCAGAGGGGGGAAUCCCUUCUCCUCUAUCCGGGGACGAUCUGGGGUCGGACGGAGACUUCGUGGCCAACAGCCCGGCACCUGUCGCCCCAAGCGGGGAAGGCAGCAAGGGGAAGCCCUACACCCGCAGACCCAAGCCACCUUACUCCUACAUCGCCCUCAUCGCCAUGGCCAUCCGGGAGUCCAGCAGCGGCCGCCUCACCCUGGCGGAGAUCAACGACUAUCUCAUGAAGAAGUUCCCGUUUUUUCGCGGCAGCUACACCGGCUGGAGGAACUCGGUGCGCCACAACUUGUCACUGAACGACUGCUUCCUCAAAGUGCUGCGGGACCCCUCCAGGCCCUGGGGCAAGGACAACUACUGGAUGCUCAACCCGCAUAGCGAGUACACCUUCGCGGACGGGGUGUUCCGCCGCAGGAGGAAGCGCAUCGCUAAGAGGUCCGGGAAGGAGCGGGAGAGCCCGGACAUCCUGAUCGAGGACACCCGCCUCCCUGCCGCGGAGGAGAGGGUGGGGGUCAAGUUCUCCAGCUCCUUCGCCAUUGACAGCAUCCUCAGUACACCCUUCAAACGGAGGGAGGAUAGCACCGUGGAUGCACAGACCCACGCCCCCCGGCUUUACUGGCCCCCAGGGGCACACAUACUGCCUUUCACUCUGAGCUACCCGGCACAGUACCUGUCGGAGGGGGCGUAUAGCAGCACGGAGCCCGGCAGGGAUACACUCACAUACCUCCAGCACACACCACCUGAGGCCGCUCUGCAUGCGCUCAGGAUGCCCAACAAGGCGCGAGGUUUCCAUAUAGACUCCCUGCUCUCAUAAAGCACGUGGACUGCUGUCAGACUCUGUGUCGAUCCAUGAUGUGCACUUUGUGGGCUCUCGUAACUUUCAGUGCUGUAACUGUUUGAGAGUAUGUCUGUAAUGUAAAUCCUUCUGCAGUGAGAGAAACAAACAUGUUGUCAAUAUAACGGAUUGUGGUAACUAGCUAAUAGCUACUGUCAUCGCAGGACAUUCCACUGCGUGUGUGUGUGCAUGUGAGUGUGAUUGUGAGUGCGUGUGCGUGUGUGUGUUGUUUAAAGAGUGUCUUUUUGUGUCCAUGGUUCUUUGGUCAUUUCCACUGUAUGACGGCAACCAAGCGCCAUGGUGAAACGUAAAACUGUUCAUCUAUUUAUAUUUUCAUGUUUUGUAUAAACUGCUGUUUAAAAUAUUGUUGUAUAUAUAUAAAAUAAUUGACUGAGCUGCGAUGAGAGUCACGUGGCUGCACUAGAAAAGCAUGGAAAUGCCUGAUGUUUUUCCUAAGAUUGAUUCAUGCAUGUCUGGUUAUUUUUAUGAAUAAAAAACGUGAGACAAUGGGA